AUGACACCUGCAGGGACGCCCUCUCAGCUGCGCCGUACAUUCUGUACUUUCCCAGGGGGCGUGGCCUGGCCGGACCAUCCUCUGACGUGGUUUAAACGCGACACAAAUAUCUCUCUCCGCGUGGGCUCCCGUCUUCCAGCCAUGACUGCUGUGGGGUUCUGUGGACACUGGUUCCUCUUCACCUGCGACACGAAGCUCGUGGCCGUACACACCAAACAGAGCAGAGAUCCGUUUGUGUUCGACUGCAGCCGCGCUGAGAAGAAGCCAAACCUCAGCCAGGCUGACAGCAGCAGAGAUGGCGGUCCCGCAGAGGAAACAGGAAGUGACCGAGUCCUCACCUUCACCGUGUCGUCUUCUGGAAGACUGGUGGCACUAACAGAUGACAGUAAACGGCUGGUUCUGUUGGCGUGUGAGCCGUCAUGGCGCUGCAUCAGCAUCAGGUGCGUGGUGAGGAGGUGCACGUCACUAGCAUUCAGCCAGGCUGAGGAUGAGCUGCUGGUGGCUGAUAAAUCUGGAGAUGUGUACUCCUUCUCAGUAGAAGACCCAGAGAGGGAGGCGGAGCUGAAGAUGGGUCACCUGUCCAUGCUGCUGGCUGUGGCCGUGUCACCUGGCGACAGGUACGUCAUCACAGCUGACCGCGAUGAGAAGAUCAGAGUGAGCCACCGCAGAUCUCCGUACAACAUCCAGUCCUUCUGCCUGGGACAUGAGCAAUUCGUCAGCGCGCUGCAGAUCCCAUCAGGACAUCCUCAUUGGCUGCUGUCUGGAUCUGGGGAUGGGACGGUGAAGCUGUGGGAGUAUGAGUCCGGUCGCAGGCUGCAGAGCUGGGACCUCAGGCAGCUUGCAGAGACUCCUGGUUGUGAGACUGACAAAGAUCAGAAUCCAGCGGUGUGCCGUGUGAGCGUCUCUCCUGAUGGUCUUCAUGUGGCUGUGCAGUGUGAAAGGGUUCGAAUGGUUCAGUUCUUCAUCCUGGAUGAAGGCAGUGAAAAGAAGCUCGUCCCUCGCAGCAGGCAGCCCCUGUCCCACUGUCCUCUGGACAUGACCUUUGACCCAGACGGACGACUCUGGGUGCUGCUGGACCACAGUGACGCUCUGAUCCAGAUCCACAGACUUACGCAGGAUUCCUGGGAGAACCACACCAAGGACCCAGAACUCAGCAGGGUGCAGGAAGUCCUCCAGACCCACUGGAAGACGCUGCAGGCCUCUGCGAGGACCAGCAGCCGCUUCGAGCAGCUAUACAAGACGAGCUACGACAACGUGACGACGUACCUGCAGAAGAAGCAGCAGAGGCUGGAGGAGCAGCAGAAGAGGACCAAGGCUCAGGAGGAAAAUGCCAACAAGCGCCUGAAGAAGGAGGCGUCGGGAGGCGGGACAUAAUGGAUUCUGAGAGGAGGAGGAUGCUUUUCUUUGUGGAGUAUUAGGACAUGCGUGACCUGCUAUCAGCGGAUUUAUAUAGUUUUUAAUUUUGUGACGACGUUCUCUGAUUUGUUUUGACAUUAAACUGCUUCCUGUCUCCA